UAUACGGAUGCUAUUUGGGUUGCUAACUAGUUGGGCAAUCCAUCUAGGGUUGGUUAGUUAGCUAGCCUUCAUGGGCUCAAAGAGGUCAUCGGCGGACCCAAAAUAUCUUGCGGAUUUAGCAGCAAAAGUACCCCGAAUCAGUGAAACUGGAUGGACUGGUGUGAAUGAGCGCACCUUCAUCGCUGUGAAGCCGGAUGGAGUGCAGAGGAGGCUAGUGGGAGAGAUAAUCCACCGCUUUGAAAGAAAGGGCUUCAGAUUGGCUGGACUUAAAUUCCUGCAGGCUUCUGAAGACCAACUGAUGGAGCACUACUGGGAAUUGAGGAACAAGACAUUUUUCAAAGGCCUGCUGAAAUACAUGAGCUCUGGACCUAUUGUGGCUAUGGUGUGGCAAGGCCUGGAUGUGGUGAAGACAUCCAGAAAAAUGCUUGGAGAGACCAAUCCUGCUGACUCUCUUCCAGGAACCAUCAGAGGAGAUUACUGUGUAGAAGUGGGCAGGAAUGUUAUCCAUGGCAGUGACUCGGUGGAGUGUGCUCAGAGAGAAAUCUCCCUAUGGUUCAAAGAACAUGAGCUCAUCUGCUGGGAGGGGAGCUCUGAACAGUGGAUCUAUGCAUGAACAAAACACACACACAGAGCUUUGUGGCCUUUCAUAUGCAUAGUAAGGAUAUACUCUUCUUGGAGUACUCCAAGAAGAGGACUGCCUGCUGCAGUGAAUGGCCUGGCAAAGGACAGUCUGCUCAAGAUAAUCUGGAAUAAGGUUUAGGCCUCGCUGCCUCAUGUGUCUUAGAGGGUCUUAAAGUGAGAUCAACCAUUUAAGUCAAAAGUAGUAAUCAUACACAGAGUAAUGUGAACGAACACACAAUCCCUGACCAAAAAUUGCUCUCUUAAAAAAAUAACCACAAUCUGGAUAACGCACCUCGUUGCUGUAUGUUUGCAUAUGAUAAGUCGCUUACAUUCAUGCUAAAAAGAUGUGCAUUUUGUAUACAUUUAUAUUAAUGAUUUUUGUGCUGGUUUUGUGCUGUUACUUUGUUACUGUGGUUUGAAGUGAAUGUAUUUAGUGCAUUGGUAAUGGUCUCAGAACAUAGGGUCUCUGAAAUAUGCAAUGCAAUUUAUGUAGCAUAAAGAUUCUGGAGGACAGGCACUGCUGUCUUUAAAACACCUCAGCAACCACAACUACACAUGAUCUUUUUUUUCAGGAAAGGUAAAUGCAUGACUUUUGCAUGGUACCAUUGGCAUCAUCACAUUUUUAUACAGCCUUUUUGUAGCUACUGAAGACAUGCUUAUGUAUGGAAUCAUGACACAGGCAAUAUUGUACUCUGAGACUUGAUAAAUGUUUAUCCAUUGAGCUAAGGCAAUAGUAGCUCGAUGGUUAAGGUAUUUGACUUGUAAUUGCAAGGUUGCUGGUUCAAGCUCCACCACCGCCAAGUUGCCGCUGUUCGGCCC